AUGCCAAGAGUCCUGAUCUGCGACGACUGCCGCGUCCCUCAGGCCAAGCAGUCGGGGUUCCGCGAGAGCCAAUGGGAGAAUCCGCGGCCGGCCUGCAACUCGUGUGCGACCAACCGCGCGUGGACGCUCUUCGCCGCCGACAUGGCGGUGUGCCCCAACGCGCAGGUCGUGCACAACCACGGCGUGAUCGAGCGCCCGGCGCCAGCCGUCGUGCCACCCGAGGCCUCGGCGCUAGCGCCGCCGCUGCAGUGGGUACGCGCCGCAGCGAAGAAGAUGCAAGCUGCGCCGGCGAGCAUCGAGGACGACAAGGCGACAACCGAGCUCGCUGCCACGUACGUCGACCUGGACGUCGUCCCGUGCUUCGUGGCGCCUCUCAGCGAGAAGUGCGCUGACCAGGUGCGUAACGACGUCGAAGCUGUCGCGUGCCUCCAGAGCACCAGUCUGCUUUUGCAUAUCUUUGAACACGGCGACCGCGAGGCGAUUUUGCAAAGCCUCGACGCCUUCCGCCUCACCGUCGACGACCAAUCAUCGACGACGGCGACGAUCUUGACGGACCUCUUGUGCAAGCAAAGCGAGACCAUGGACCUCCGAGGGGCCGAGACGCAGUCGCUUCUCAAGCAGCACUUGUACUUGACCGUGCUCACGCUCGUGGGUCUUGUUGUGCACCGCAGUUGCGCCAUGCCUAACGGUGGCUUAUCGACUCACAUUUGACCAAGAUAAAUAAGAACUUGUUCAUAUUUCC